GGUUCGCGGAGAAAGAUCGGGAAAGAAGAGAGAGGGCGGAGAUGAGGGGACUGAGGGGACCAGGGGACAGGUGGGGACCAGUUUCCCCUCCUGGGAUAUUUGGUGUGCGACAUGCCCUUCCCCCAGCCCCAGCGCCCGUUCCCUUUGGAAGCCUGGGUGCUCCUCAGACCACUUGGGGACUCCCUGCUUCACCUUCCUGCAUUUGCAAGAGCUUGUCUCCUGAGGUGAAGAGGGGGCCUCUGAGGAAAGGGGCUCCCAGCCCAGGCCAUCAACAAACUAACGACUCUGUGUGACCUUGGGCAAGUCACUACCUUUCUUUGGGCCUCAGAUUUCCCAUCAAUUUUUUUAAAAAGGAAAUGCAUGAAAAUUAAAUCCCAGAUCUCUUCCAGGGUCUAAAUGAAUAGGUUUUUGAGGAGGAAGUUUAGGAGAAUGGGUUUGGUAGGGAAGCAAAGGAAAGGAUGAAGAUGGAGGCGAGGCCUUGGGCUGGGGCUGGAGAAAUCCCCACGGGUGCGGGGGGUGGGGGGGAUGGUAGACAGAAAGCCUGCCGGGCUGGGGCCGGCUAGCCUUAUCCUGUUGGAGGGAUGGAAGAACUCUAAGGAGAGGAGGAGGUUGAAACCUAACUCCACAAUGAUGGAGACCAAAAGUAACAUUCGCUUCUUCAGAGGGAGAGUGAUGAGAUGGCAGGAUCAGAAAGAAGCAACAGGGGCCGGGCGCGGUGGCUCAUGCCUGUAAUCCCAGCACUUUGGGAGGCCGAGGCGGGCGAAUCACCUGAGGUCAGGAGUUGGAGACCAGCCUGAUCAACAUGGAGAAACCCUGUCUUUACUAAAAAUACAAAAUUAGUCAGGCGUGGUGGCGCAUGCCUGUAAUCCCAGCUACUCUGGAGGCUGAGGCGGAAGAAUCACUUGAACCCGGGAGGCAGAGGUUGUGUCGGUUCCCGAUUCUGGUCCCCGGCCCCCAGCAGCGCCUGCCCCCUUCCCACCGGGGCCCCCCAUGAUGCCACCACCCUUCAUGCCCCCUCCAGGGAUCCCCCCACCCUUUCCUCCGAUGGGGCUACCCCCCAUAAGUCAGAGACCACCAGCUAUCCCCCCCAUGCCACCUGGCAUCCUGCCCCCAAUGCUUCCACCAAUGGGGGCGCCACCACCACUCACACAGAUACCAGGAAUGGUACCUCCGAUGAUGCCAGGAAUGCUGAUGCCAGCGGUGCCUGUCACCGCAGCGACGGCUCCGGGUGCGGACACCGCCAGCUCUGCUGUGGCUGGGACAGGCCCUCCGAGGGCCCUAUGGAGUGAGCAUGUGGCCCCAGAUGGGCGCAUCUACUACUACAAUGCUGACGACAAGCAGUCCGUGUGGGAGAAGCCCAGCGUGCUCAAGUCCAAGGCAGAGCUGCUCCUGUCCCAAUGUCCCUGGAAAGAGUACAAGUCGGACACAGGCAAACCUUAUUACUAUAACAACCAGAGUAAAGAGUCUCGCUGGACCCGGCCCAAGGAUCUGGAUGACCUAGAGGUUCUAGUCAAACAAGAGGCUGCAGGGAAACAGCAGCAGCAGCUGCCACAGACACUUCAGCCACGGCCGCCUCAGCCACAGCCUGACCCCCCACCUGUACCUCCUGGUCCCACCCCAGUGCCCACAGGCCUCCUGGAACCUGAGCCAGGUGGGAGUGAAGAUUGUGAUGUGUUGGAGGCCACCCAGCCCCUGGAACAGGGGUUCCUGCAGCAGCUGGAGGAGGGCCCCAGCAGUUCUGGACAGCAUCAGCCACAGCAGGAGGAGGAGGAAUCAAAGCCAGAACCAGAGAGGUCUGGCCUCAGUUGGAGCAACCGGGAGAAGGCAAAGCAGGCAUUCAAGGAACUGCUGAGGGACAAGGCUGUCCCCUCCAAUGCCUCAUGGGAACAGGCCAUGAAGAUGGUGGUCACCGACCCCCGUUACAGUGCCUUGCCUAAACUGAGUGAGAAAAAGCAGGCAUUCAAUGCCUACAAGGCGCAGCGGGAGAAGGAGGAGAAGGAGGAGGCCCGGCUAAGGGCCAAAGAGGCCAAGCAGACCCUGCAGCAUUUCCUGGAGCAGCAUGAACGCAUGACCUCCACCACCCGCUACCGGCGGGCAGAACAGACCUUUGGGGAGCUGGAGGUCUGGGCUGUGGUCCCUGAGAGGGAUCGAAAAGAGGUUUAUGAUGAUGUCCUCUUCUUCCUGGCCAAGAAGGAGAAGGAACAGGCCAAGCAGCUCCGGCGCCGCAAUAUCCAGGCCCUAAAGAGCAUUCUGGAUGGGAUGAGUAGUGUCAACUUCCAAACCACGUGGUCCCAGGCCCAGCAGUACCUCAUGGAUAACCCCAGCUUUGCUCAGGACCAUCAGCUGCAGAACAUGGACAAGGAAGAUGCACUGAUCUGUUUUGAGGAGCACAUCCGAGCUUUGGAGAGGGAAGAGGAGGAGGAACGGGAGCGGGCCCGGCUUCGGGAGCGACGCCAACAACGCAAGAAUCGGGAGGCCUUCCAGACCUUCCUGGACGAGCUGCAUGAGACAGGGCAGCUGCACUCUAUGUCCACCUGGAUGGAGCUAUAUCCAGCAGUCAGCACUGAUGUCCGCUUUGCCAACAUGCUGGGCCAGCCGGGCUCCACCCCUCUGGACUUAUUCAAGUUCUAUGUGGAGGAGUUGAAGGCACGAUUCCAUGAUGAAAAGAAGAUCAUUAAGGACAUCCUUAAGGACCGGGGCUUCUGCGUGGAGGUGAACACGGCCUUUGAGGACUUCGCCCACGUCAUAAGCUUUGACAAGAGGGCUGCCGCACUGGACGCAGGCAACAUCAAGCUGACCUUCAAUAGUCUGCUGGAGAAAGCAGAGGCACGGGAGAGGGAGCGGGAGAAGGAGGAGGCACGCAGGAUGCGGCGCAGGGAAGCUGCCUUUCGAAGCAUGCUGAGGCAGGCUGUGCCUGCUCUGGAGCUAGGCACUGCCUGGGAAGAGGUCCGUGAGCGUUUUGUGUGUGACUCAGCCUUUGAGCAGAUCACCCUGGAGUCGGAGCGGAUCCGGCUCUUCCGGGAGUUCCUACAGGUGCUGGAGCAGACUGAAUGCCAGCACCUCCACACCAAAGGCCGAAAGCAUGGCAGGAAAGGCAAGAAGCACCAUCACAAGCGUUCCCACUCACCCUCAGGCUCUGAGUCAGAAGAAGAGGAGCUGCCCCCACCAUCUCUCCGGCCCCCCAAGCGGAGGAGGCGGAACCCCUCAGAGUCAGGCUCUGAGCCCUCUUCCUCACUUGAUUCAGUUGAAAGUGGGGGUGCUGCCCUUGGAGGACGGGGCUCCCCUUCCUCCCAUCUUCUUGGAGCAGAUCAUGGCCUUCGGAAAGCCAAGAAACCAAAAAAGAAAACUAAGAAGAGAAGACACAAGUCGAAUAGUCCUGAGAGUGAGACAGACCCUGAGGAGAAAGCUGGCAAGGAGAGCAAUGAGAAAGAACAAGAACAGGACAAGGACAGGGAGCUCCAGCAGGCAGAGCUCCCUAACCGUUCCCCAGGCUUUGGAAUCAAGAAGGAGAAGACAGGCUGGGACACGUCAGAAAGUGAGCUGAGUGAGGGUGAGCUGGAGAGGCGGCGGCGGACACUCCUACAGCAGCUGGACGAUCACCAGUGACCCAAUGAGCUGUUCUCUGCCUCGGGUCUGUGUGAGGCCAUGGCUCCUGGGCCACCCUCACCGUCUGCCUCAGACUUCUUCCUUAGUCUGGUCUGUGUCCACUUUUUCUAAAGUAACCCCACCCCCAGCACACCAUUGUUGGCACCUCUCAAGGUUGCUCUUGGUGUUCAAGGGUCCCCUACUCCCUGGACUAGUGCAGUCCUUGCCCUCAGCCCCAGACCAGAGAUGGGUGGUAUAUGCCAUGUGGGGUGGGUGAUGCCAGUAGAUAAAAGUGUGAGAGAAGGGGUCUCCAGGGAAGAGUCACAGGCUGUUGGACACAGCCUGGGUGGCAGAGGGCAGGGUCAUCACCCUCUAUCAUCAGUGCCUGCUCCUGCCUGCCCUGGCCCUGAGGCUCCACCACUUCUUCCUCCACCCAGGACCUAAUGUACGUGUGUUUUGUUUUUUGUUUUUUAAAUAACAAUAUUUAUAACAUG